AUGGAACCUAUUAAAAAUCUUGAAGACAUUCUCUUUCUUAAUAAAGCAUUAAAUAUUUCAAGACAUAUUUGUAACAAAAUUUUAAUAUAUCUACCAAGAAAUUCGUCUAUUGGUCAGUUGAUUCAAAUGAGUUGGCCAAUAGGUGAUAAUCAGGGGACUUGUGAAUAUAUUGCUGAUUGUUGUUCUUGUAAACAAUAUCUUAAUGUACAUAUUGAAACAUAUUGUUUACGUGGUAGACAAUUAGCUCUUGGUUUAUAUUUGGGAAGUUUUCCGUAUUUUGAGGAGAAUAUUGCAGUGUAA